AUGAAGCCCCACAAGAGUGUCUCUCACGUGGAUAGUGCGUCGAUAAAGUCCGUUAGUUCGGAAGACGUGAGCAUGGCAACUGCCAACUGGCACGGCAAGGGAUGCUGUAGCGCCGAGGCCAAGAAUCCGGCUUUCAAAAGAGGUCGACAAAUCCAGCUAUUGCAAAUGAUAGUGCUGCCAUUCAUUCCGAUUCUGGCGCUAAUUGUUCAGACCUCCUAUGAAAUGAUUGACAUUGUCAGCUACCGGAUGGAAGCUACCGAAAUCGAAGUUCAGGUUACAAUGGCGACCGGAUUGGGUAAGGUGGUUACUAAAUUGCAACAGGAACGAACGGAUGUGGCCUUUUUUAUCUACACCAAUGGCAGCAUGUUGCGACGAAACUUGACGAAAGGGUUUCUAGAGACGGACCGGGCACUGGAAAAUAUUUCUUCGUGGCCUGACAUGACCAUCGCAACAUUGAACGAUGGUAAAGUAACUUGGUUAAAUAUGAGCGAGUUCAGGGAAGAACUCGUCGAGUUUAGGGAUAACAUACAGUCGGAGUACAGUACCGUGCGGGAUGUACUGCAUUGGUACACUACUGUGAAUGCCGCUCUCUUGGAACAUUUGACUAAUCAAAUAAAGGAUGCCAAUAAGAGUGGAGUCUGGCGAUUUCUCUUGAGCUUUAAAAACCUGCUGAAGAGCAUUGAAAGUCUGGACAUAUCGGCGGUUUAUGGCAUCAACUACUAUGGGCGAGGAUUUCUCAAGCCAGAGCCAUAUAUAAUGUACGUACAGCAAGAUAUAGUUGGAAAAGAACUGCUGAAUGCAUCGUUGAAUUACAUUCCAAAACUUAAAACGAUGUACAAAAAUCUAACGCGUGGAAUGCGAAAUUACGGAAAAAUCAAACAAUGGAGUGCCACCAUUCGCCUGAACGCCCAAAUACCGGCGAACGUAACUACGGCACGCGCCUACUACGAAGCCAUGGCAUCCUAUAUUGAUGAACUACGAAAGCUACAGGACAGAGUGAGAUGGAUUAUUAGAGAGGAAGUGCAAAAGGUGCUCCAGAAGGCAGACCGCAUGGAAACGUUCGGAAUUGCCAUUCUUAUCGUGGUGCUGAUUGUGUCACCAAUAAUCAUCGUCCUAGUGCGGAAUGCAGUCGCUACCAUUCAGAUGUAUGCCGUGAACCUGGCGCACAAGGCCAAAGAGCUAAAACGUGAAAAGCGUAAAUCCGAUUCGCUCCUGUUUCAAAUGCUACCCCCGACCGUAGCGACACAACUGAAGCAAGCUCAAACCGUCCCGGCGGAGUACUACUCGGCGGUGACGAUUUUCUUCAGCGACAUUGUUGGUUUCACGGAAAUUGCCGCCGAAUGCACCCCACUAGAGGUUGUUUCCUUUCUAAACGCAAUCUACCGAAUGUUUGACGAACGGAUUGAAUGCUACGAUGUUUAUAAAAUCGAAACCAUUGGGGACUCGUACAUGGUAGCGUCGGGAUUGCCGGUAAAAAAUGGUAAUCCGUGCUUGUGUGGCCCUAUUUCACUUGUAGGCAACAAGCACGUAUCUGAAAUUGCAACGAUGGCACUGGAUUUACUCGACGCUUCCGGCUGUUUUAGCAUUCCUCACAAUGCUAACGAGCCGGUACAGAUACGUGUAGGAAUCCACACCGGACCGGUGGUGGCUGGUAUUGUCGGAACGAAGAUGCCCCGCUACUGCCUUUUCGGAGACACCGUAAACACCGCCUCACGGAUGGAAUCGACGGGAGAAGCACUUAAAAUUCACAUCUCGGGGGAAAUGAACGACGCACUGAUGCGCAUCGGUGGUUUCAAAACCGAACACCGAGGGCUGAUCGAUGUUAAAGGUAAAGGCCUAAUGGACACCUACUGGCUGAGCUGUAAGGAACGGGCCAGCCCGAACUGUCACGGCGAAGUGGCAUGGUAUGCCGACAUGCAGCCGGUCUAUUUGAAGAUUGUCUAA